GUCUGCACCAGCCACAUCACCGAUAACACAACACGGUGGCCGAAACACGACGUUGCGGCGGAAAAUUUGCCCUAGCGCAGCUGUCCCAAAGAGUGCCGUGCACUGGUCUGGAUAAAGGCGAUUGUGUUCGGCGGCCGAACUUCGGCCACCAAUGCAAGGGGGCCGGGCCUGCCAUUAACGCCCGACAAGAGCUUCCUAUCGGUUCAUCCAAGCAGGCCGAUCUUGAAAGGCACUACGGGUUCAUCUCAAGGAUAAACAGACGUUGUCCUCCAUUCCGCCGACGAGGACAAAAAGCGAGCAGCAUGGAGCGACUCAAGAUACAUGCACACUGUUGGUGGUCACCACGGCGACUGUGCUGCCGAGCCGGAGAGGCGAAGAGCAGGGAGAUCGGAGCAUCCCGGCCAAGUCACGGAGCCCAUGCUGGACAGCAAGGCAAUUGGCUGCCGUCUUGCAGACAAGUCUCCGCUAUCGUGUAGCCAGCCAAGGCUUCAGCUGCUGGGGAUUUGAGACCUGCCACCAUUUUUCAUGGGCGCCAAAUGAACAGCAAACAUGUUUUUUUCGGCCGCUCGCCUACCGAAGCAGCACCAACGUGGUCGAUCUCUGCGUCGCGGACCAGCUGACUGGACCUCGCAAUCACGACCUGCUGGGCCUGCAAGCAGACUGUAUUAGCGAGUGCAUCAAAAAUUACCCCCACCGCUGUGUGGAGAUUCCGACUCGGACGGAGCCUUGGGCCUACCACAUCAACGUCCGGAGCUGCUCAAGGGAUGCGCCCCGAGCGGCCGCUGCGCCUAUAAAAAAGGGCCAAGGUCUCAGCUCGUCGUGCGUGGCGCUGGCCGCGUCACAGUUUUUGAUUCACCUCCUACCCAGCAUUGCAUUCUUCGCUAGCCCGCUUCGCUCGCCAUCGCCAUGGACAGCACGGGUGCCACGGCGCGCACGCCACGCAUGCGCCGGUCGCCGGUGUCCAGCCUCCUGAUGCCAGAGUCACCGGCCAUUAGUCGCAGCUACGACGGCAGCACACCGUUCUCGAUGCGCGGCCUGCCGCAAGUGCCCGGCGGCAGCAUGAAGACGCCGCGCCACUCGUACCACCCGCGUCGCGCCGGCGUCGCGUCCGUGAGCAUGGACGACGUUGUCGUGGACGUGGAGGAGAACUCUUCGCUGCUGCGCUCCAAGGACGGCCCCGUGCUCACCCCCACACAGCGGAAGAUCAAGAUCGGCCUGUACGGCGUGCUCAACACCGUCAUCCUCGUGCCACUCAUGAUCAGUUUCGCGCAGAUCAUCUUCCGCGACCCGGAGUUCCAGCCCUACAUGAAUGAUCUGGUCAAGCUCGUGCUGGUGUCGGCCGCCGUGCACCAGAUCUGCUUCACGUGCGUCAGCUCGCUGCCGUUCGCCAUGGGCCAAGUGCAGGACGCCGGUCUCAUCUUCCUCUCGGCCAUGUGCUCGUCCAUCAUCAAGUCGCUGCACGAGAUGAGAGGUGAUGAUUUCUCAAUGGAGGAGGUGCUGGCCACCACGUUGUUCACGAUGGCCGUGUCGACGGCCGUGCUGGGGGCAGCUCUGAUCGUCACCGGCAAGCUCCGACUGGCCAGUUUCGUGCAAUAUCUACCGAUGCCUGUGGUCGGCGGAUACUUGGCCUUCAUUGGUUUCUACGCGCUUGAAGCAGGUCUCUCCAUGAUGACCGCGCAGAGUAUAAAGGAACCGGCUGACUGGAUUAAGCUGGCCGACGCGGACGCGUUGAUGCUGUCCGUGCCUGGCGUCGUCGCCGGCACGAUCAUCUUCUGGGUCAACUCUCGCUGGAAUCACAUGGCUGUGAUGCCCUGCUGCUUGGCCGCAAUGCUGAUCACCUUCUACGGCUUGCUGCUCGUCACCGGAGCAUCUCUUGACGACGCUCGCACGGCCGGAUGGGUGGCCGAGCCACCGCCGUCGCCGCGUACCAUCACGCAGAUCUACGGCUUUUACGACUUUUCCAAGAUCAAUUUCUCGCACUUGACCGAGCAGAUCCCAACGUGGAUCGCCAUGUACUUCGUCGUGGCCUUCUCGUCAUCGCUGGAUGUGGCUGCUGUCGAGACGGCGUUGGGUAAGCCGCUGGAUCACAACCACGAGCUUCAAACCGUGGGCAUCAGUAACCUGCUUUCAGGUCUUGGCGGCGGCUUCACCGGCUCGUAUCUCUUCUCACAGACCAUCUUCACGCUUCGCGGCAAACUCGACAGUCGCUACGUCGGUCUUAUCGUGUUCUUCCUCGAGAUCGCUAUUGUGCUGAGUCCAUUCUCCAUCAUCGCGUUUGUGCCCAAGGUUUUCUUCGGUGCGUUGCAGAUGCUCGUGUGUCUCGAUCUCAUAACGGAGUGGCUCUGGCACGCGCGCAACAAGCUGCUUCCGCGCGAAUACGGCAUCGUCUGGCUUACGUUUCUGUCCAUGGUGUUCGUGAACCUCGAGCUGGGUAUCGUAGUGGGUAUCAUCAUUGCAGGUUUCAACUUCAUUUACUCGUACAUCGCGACGGCCAGUGUUCAUCGAGUCAUGAAGCGAUCGCGUGUUGAACGAGACCUCCGCGAACGCGUGUUGCUUCAGAACAUGCGCAUGGCCAUCGUCACGUUAGAAUUGGAAGGUUACAUCUUCUUCGGUUCGAGUGUGAAGGUCAUGGACGAAGUGCGUCGUCAUGUACUGGUCACUAAUACAGAGAAACAAGAGGCGAAGACCAGUACAUUAUCCGGUGCCUCACCCAUGCUGUCCAGACGUCACGCGCCGUCGCCGUACGUCGCUCGCUCACUAAAUGACUCUUUCAACGACGACCUGACUACGCUAGACUCAGUCUUCGAUGACCACGAGAUGCACGGCUACUCAUCUACUCCUAAAGCCGGCAAGAACGGGUCUUCUGCUCUGCAUGCUGCUCGUACAAGGUACUUUAUCUUGGAUUUUGAGAAGGUGAGCGGUGUAGAUGCCACGGCUGUGCGGAGCUGCUUUAACGCCACCAAGGAGCUAUUGGCACAGCACGGCAUUGCCCUAAUCUUCGCAAGUGUUCCGACGGAUGCUGAGCGCUUACUACGUGUCCACGACGUGAUUGAGAAAGAAGACGGCUCAGGUACAGGAUCACUUGUGUUUGAUACACUGGAUAAGGCAUUGGAGUGGUGUGAGGAUGAACUGCUGGUGUCUGAGGGAAUUCUACCGCUCAGUGAGUCUGCACCUGCAGUUAACGAGGAAGGACAGCGCUGGCAGUUGCUUGACGAGCUCUUACCUCGUCCUGAUGGCUCGCACCGUAAGAACGAUCUAGGCAACUCCAAGCCUCGAAGUAGUGAAGAUAGCGACUCGAUUCUCACGCGAGAACUUGGUGAGAUGUACGUGACUCACUGGCUGAAGCAAGAAGGCGACACGCUGUACCGUGCCGGUGGACUCGUAAACGGAGUCUAUUUCAUCGGAUACGGCAAGGUGGACGUGUUCAUGCCGUCCAAGAUCCACGAAGGUUUGGGUCCGGGUUUCCGAGGUCUCAAGCGCAUUACACGUGUGUGCCAAGGAGGACUGGUGGGUGCGUCCGAGAUGAUUCUUCACAAACGUCAUCAGUUCACUGCACAGGCCCGGGCUCCAAGCUCCGUCUUCUUCCUUAGCAAGUCCCACUACGCGCGCAUGCAAAAGGCGCACCCCACUUUGGCUGCGCGUUUCCAGCAGGCCAUGCUGCAGUCCAUGGCCAUUGGUGUCCUCGAGUCCAACCUAACGGACGAUUGAGCACACAUACCAAGUGCUGCAAAAACGCAAUUGCUGAAAACUACGUGUUGAUGUUGUUUAUCUUGCGUUCUUGCUAAAAUUUAGAAAGCCAAUUCGCAAACUGUUAUUACAAGAUGUAGAAUAUGAAUGUUCCUAAACGCUGUAGGCCAGGUUCGCACCGCUACUUCCAAUACCACCACGAUGUGCCCG